GCACGCGGAGCGUGCGCCGCGCGUCAUUGGAGAUUUUGGUUUCGAAUGCGCAGUACGUGAUGGUGUUACAGGAAGCCGCCGGACUUGAGUUUCGCUACAAGCACCUUUCCGGUAUCUGUGCAAUCCCGUCGUUGUCGGCAGCAGGUGUGGGCGGUCCCGUGGCCAGGCUAAUCAACGUAUCGGCCAGGUACUGUUUCGCUAGCCGCAGCGGUUUCGUCUGUCCCCGAGUUUUUCCUGCCCGUCGUCUGCCGGCGUCUUCCCGCCACUGUCGUCUGCUAAGUUGCACCGCAAGCAGACGUCGCCCGUCGAGAGGAAGGAGCAACACGCUUCGCCCGCUGCUGCCUCUUCGCAAACCAGACGACACACCUCAACCGCGUCGUCUGGCGCAAGCUGGGUGCGCGUCGUCUGCUUGUGGUGACCUUCUGGAAGAUGUACCACGUGACCAGCUGCGCUGAGUUGGCCGCAGUGUUCCCACUUACUUCUGCUCGACAUCUGACCUGUCUGCACUUGCGACGCCGAUGACGUCAAGGGCGCACUUCGAAGGUGAGCCCUCACGCCCUUUCUCUGUCUUUGCGUGAAAACACGUGACUAAAGAGAGCAUGAUGGAAUCCUGUCGGGUCGGGAUGCAGCAUGAUGAACGAAGAAA